CGUCACUGCACGAGCGAGGAAACUUUGUGAGGGUAUUGCGAAGAAGACAGGCUCGUGAUGCCUUAUCUGUAUUGCUGAUGAAAAGCGGCUUAUUCUGAGAGGAAAAAACUUCUUUCAAGAGAACGACUACAGAGAUCGUACGAUUUUGGUACGUUUAGAACCGCUGUGUUUUCGAAGAGAGACGAAUAUAAAGGGCUACACAGCCACUCUGGAAACUAACCUGGCGAAAGUCCAAUCUCUCGGAAGUUUAAUGCUUUCGUUAAAUCCAUCACACUUUCUUCAUCAACAAAACAGGACUUAUAUGACAUUUGAACACUUGCUAAUAAGGACUAGGACUUGAGUUUUAAAACGUGAAAGUGUCGAUGAUGUAUGCAGCAAGAACAUGUGCGAGAUUGUUGCGGGAGCGCUUGGCGAGUUAUGGCAAGCUUUCGCUUCACAAGAGAUGGCAACAAACUGCGGUUUUGGUCGCUCAGGAACCGUUUUUAAACGGUAGUAGCGGCAAUUAUGUGGAAGAAAUGUACAUAUCGUGGAAAGAGGAUCCUAAAAGUGUACAUCGGUCAUGGGAUGCUUAUUUCCGUCAAGUUCAAAGCGGAAAGCCUCCAGGACAAGCUUAUCAGCCACCUCCCAUCUUGGGACAAAGUCCCGGCAUGGUAGCAACGAGACAAACUGUUCCAAGUGCUGUGGACCAAUCCACAAUCAACGAACUGGUGUCAGAUCACAUGGCAGUUUACUCAUUGAUUCGUUGUUACCAGAUCCGAGGCCAUCAUAUGGCUCAAUUAGACCCACUCGGCAUCUUACAGGCUGACUUAUCUGAAACUGUCCCAGCUGACCUCUCUUUAGAGUACUGGGGACUGGGUGAGAGUGAUCUCGAUAAAGUAUUCCAGCUCCCUAAUACCACAUAUAUUGGUGGAGACAAUGAUGUUUUGACUUUGAGAGAAAUACUUAACAGGCUGAAUAAUGUCUACUGUGGACACAUUGGAUUGGAUUACAUGUUCAUUCCAGAAAAAUCUAAAUGUGAUUGGAUAAGGAAGAGAUUUGAGACUCCAGGAAUUAUACAACUAGACAUGGAGGACAAAAGAACUUUAGCCAAGAGGCUCAUUCGCUCUACAGGGUUUGAGGCUUUUCUAGCCAAGAAAUGGUCAUCAGAGAAGCGCUUUGGCAUUGAAGGCUGUGAAGUGUUGAUUCCAGCAAUGAAGACAAUUAUUGACAAGUCCAGUGAGUUUGGUGUGGAGAGCAUCAUCAUGGGAAUGCCACACAGGGGCAGACUUAAUGUUCUUGCUAAUGUCUGCCGCAAAUCACUGGAACAGAUCUUUACCCAGUUUGAUCCAACCCUGGAAGCGUCUGAUGAAGGAUCAGGAGAUGUGAAGUACCAUCUAGGGAUGUCUCACGAGCUUCUUAAUAGAGCAACAAACAAACUUGUGCGCCUGGCUGUUGUGGCAAAUCCCUCCCAUUUGGAAGCUGUGGAUCCUGUUGUUGAAGGGAAGACCAGAUCUGAGCAAUUUUAUAGAGGGGACUCACAAGGGAAAAAGGUGAUGAGUGUUCUGAUUCAUGGGGAUGCAGCAUUUUCUGGGCAGGGUGUGGUCUAUGAGACUUUCCAUUUAAGUGCGCUGCCACAGUAUACCACACAUGGCACCAUACAUAUUGUCGUUAACAACCAGAUUGGCUUCACCACUGAUCCAAGGGUUGCUCGAUCCUCUCCUUAUUGCACUGAUGUCGCCAAGGUUGUAGAUGCCCCCAUUUUCCAUGUGAAUGCUGAUGACCCAGAGGCUGUUAUGCAUGUGUGUAAAGUUGCAGCAGAAUGGAGAGCAGAAUUCGGCAAAGAUGUUGUGAUUGAUUUGGUUUGUUACCGUCGACAUGGCCACAAUGAAGGUGACAAUCCAAUGUUCACGCAACCAAUCAUGUACAAGAACGUCAAUAAAAAGAAUCAUGUGUUGGACCUGUACGCAAAGAGGCUGAUAGAUGAGGGUGUUGUCACUGAGGAAUGGCUUCAGGAAGAGAAAGCCAACUAUGACAAGAUCUGUGAAGAAGCAUUUUCCGAAUCAAAGUCUGACAAGCGUGUGCUGCUCAACAGGGAUUGGCUUGACUCACCAUGGAAAGGAUUCUUCCAAAAAGGCUAUUGUCCUACCCAACCAGUGAAACCAACAGGAAUCCCUCUUGAAACUUUGAAGCAUGUAGGAAAUGUGUUCAGUGCUGCUCCUGGUGGCGACUUCAAGGUUCAUGGAGGACUGCGCCGCAUUCUUAAAGCGCGCCAUGAUCUUCUGGAAAGGGGUUACGUAGACUGGGCAAUGGGUGAAGCCCUGGCAUUUGGCUCUCUUCUGAUGGAGAGUGUUCAAGUGAGACUCAGUGGACAGGAUGUAGAGAGAGGCACUUUCAGUCAUCGUCAUCACAUUCUGCAUGAUCAAGACAAAGAUAAAGUAACUUACUGCGCACUGAAUGACCUCAGCACAGAGCAGGCCCCUUACACAGUCUGCAAUAGCUCCCUAUCAGAAUAUGCUGUAUUAGGUUUUGAGCUUGGUUUCAGUAUGACCAAUCCAUUUGCUCUUGUUUGUUGGGAAGCACAGUUUGGUGACUUUAACAAUACUGCCCAGUGUAUUAUUGACCAGUUUAUCAGCAGUGGACACGACAAAUGGGUCAGACAAAGUGGACUAACAAUGUUACUUCCUCAUGGAUAUGAGGGAAUGGGGCCCGAACAUUCUAGUGCCAGACCAGAGAGGUUUCUACAAAUGAGCAAUGAUAACCCUGAAGUUUUUCCAACAAAUAAUGAACUCUUUGAGGUGAAUCAACUUUACUCCACCAACUGGCAGGUUGUGAACUGUAGCACCCCUGCAAACUAUUUCCAUGUACUGCGGCGACAGAUUGUUUUGGAAUUCCGCAAGCCUCUCAUCUUGAUGACACCAAAAAGUCUUCUUCGUUUAGAAGCUGCCAGAUCUCAUAUUGAUGAAAUGGCAGAAGGGACCUCAUUUAGACGUGUGAUCCCAGAUUCUGGUCCAGCAUCAGUUAAUCCAGAGAAAGUACGCAAACUCCUUCUUUGUACGGGAAAAGUCUACUAUGAUUUGGCAAAGGAACGAACCAAGAGAGGUCUUGAAGAAGAUAUUGCUAUCUCUCGUGUUGAACAGAUAAGUCCAUUCCCAUUUGACUUGAUCAAGGCUGAAAAUCAGAAGUAUGACAAUGCAGAGAUUGUGUGGGCACAAGAAGAACCCAUGAACAUGGGUUACUGGACGUACGUUCAUCCACGCCUUGUCACUUCUGUUGGAGACAAUGUUAAGAUCAGUUAUGCUGGCCGUCCUCCAGCUGCAUCAACAGCAACUGGAAACAAACAUCAGCACAUUUCUGAACAAGAAGAUCUCAUCAACAAAGCCCUGGAAUAAAUUGUGUAUCUCACUUUGAAUGACAGCUUUUGUUAUUGUAUGUAUUUACUUUGGAUUGACAUAGUGCAAAUUGUAGUCCAAGACAAGAAAUAUUAUAUCUUAUUUUCUUUAGAGCACUUUUUUUUUUUCAAUCUGCUUCAGCAAGCUGGGCAAGGGAGGGUGAAAUAAAUAUGCACUUUCAUUAUUACUUCAAAGUUAAAAAAAGUCAAAUUUACAAGCCCAGCAUAGGAAUAUUUCGACUUGGCAAAACCCUGGGUUUGCUAACUGCUAAUACAAAGUGGAAAAGUGGAGUGUAGAGUCAGUGUAAUCCAAGAAAUUAGUCUGUAUAACAGUCAAGGGGUGAUAUUGAAUUAAUCUGAAAAUUAGGGAGUGUUUUUUAUUUUGGAAUGAAAUCUGUAAAAUGUGCUAAUCUAAUAAACAAAGAACUGUUUGGUAA